AUGCCAAAGUCCGUAAGCCGAAGAUCUGGUCUAUUUGAAAUGCGAGCUUGUGCAGAAUGCCGGGUAAGAGAGCGCCCACUUAAAACACGAACAAGUCCAUGCGCAUACUGCGCGAAGACCAAUAAGCCCUGCGUGUUCGGGCCUCGUCCGUCGCGAACACCACUGACUAGGCGAAACCUGGAUGCCGCAGAGGCCCGCUGUGCAAGUCUGCUAUCGUUACUCCGCAGAUUAAAUCCUGAAGUAGACGUCGAAGAUGCCCUGCGGACGGUCGCACCCGAGUUUGAACAUCACCAGUAUCCUCACCCGGUUGAGCCACUGGAACCAGAGCCCGACUCGGAAAGUCCGGACUCCUCGCGACGAUUUGAGUGGAAUGAAGCUUCUACGUCGAAUCCUCCUGACGGGAUGGUGUCGCUGCCUACGGCAAGUGCCGAAUCAGGGUACCUCGGCCAUAGCUCCGGGACAAGGCUCCUGCAGACGAUAUCGGACCUAUUCCCAGAGAAUGUCACCCUAGAUCAACAGCAGGACGACUCGCCCGCACGGGUCAGCCAGACGGGAAGUCCUUCGCUGUUGCUACAUUUCGCCAAUACCGCUGUUUUGGACAACCUGAUUGAUGCAUACUUCCUUUGGUACAACCGCUCAUACCCGAUCCUGCAUGAGAGCACGUUCCGCGAAAAGUACCGCAACCGCCAGCGGAUUCCCUCCCGCUCCAGCUGGCACUUGAUAUUCUACCUCGUCCUUGCAAUCGGACACUGGGUGUCCACUGGCGGGAUGGAGCUGGGUCAGGAUAGCUACUACAUGGCGGCCCGCUCACGGAUGUCGAUGCGCAUGCUGGAGUCAGGGAGCCUUGCAGCCGUUCAGGCAUUUCUACUCAUGGUGUGUCCGGAUCUUCCAAUUGCAGGUUGCGUGCUGACUUUCCAGGGCAAUUACCUCCAGAAGCGAGACCGACCAAACACUGGAUACAACUACAUCGGCAUCGCGUAUCGCAUGGCUCUCGGAUUAGGUCUUCACCGCGAACCGCCCUCAGGACAGACAAACGAUUCCUUGUUCAACGAGCGGCGGAGAGCCGUUUGGUGGGUGGUAUACUGUUUCGACAGUGGCUUUAGCCUGACAACAGGAAGACCGGUGAUGGCAUCAGACUCUUUUAUUGAGACCCGCCUCCCUCGAAAUAUUGACGACUCAAUAUCAGCUCUAGAUUCCCCCUUGCCCUCACCAGUCGACCGACCAACAACCUACUCUGCGAUUAUCGCGCACGGCCGUCUCGUCUCGAUUGGCAACCGCAUCUUCAGCGAAAUAAUCUCUUGUCCAUACCGUCAGUCCUUCUCCUUUAGAGCACCCCGCUCAAUCGACCACCAGCUCAAAGCUUGGCGCCUUAGUUUACCUUCAUACUUCACCGGGCAAGACAUUCCACCCUGGUUUCGCGGACCGAGAGCUGUCGUCGGAUGGAAGGAGCAGAACUUACGCAUGCUGUUGUGGUGGGGAAGCCAACGAUUGUGCAAUGACAAUGUAUCAAUGAGCGCCGAGCGCGAAGAAGCGCGGAACAUGUGCCAUCUAGCCGCGGUCGAGACCAUACAAGAUAUCACGACAUUUUGUCUUGAUUAUGCGGACGCUGUACAUGUGGGGCUGAGCUGGUACGCAACGUACUUUCUGUUCCAGGCGAGUGUUGUGCUUAGCAUACAUCACCUGAAGCCCGUGCCACAGCUCGACCGCGGUAUGGCGGCUGUGAAUCGUGAGUUGUGGCUUUCGUCUGUUGAGCGGGCGAGAAGGUGCUUUGCUUCGCUUGGUGCGACGAACAGAGCUGCAUUUAGGUGUCUUGCUGUCUUGGAUCGGAUUAGGGACCACUCGCCGAGAGAGCUUGCUCAGGCCGAGCUGGGAGGACAGCCACAGCGGCUGCGAGCUCACGCAGACGCCGUCUAUCAGGGUGAUCCGCUUGAGACUGGGAUUACGGAUGCAUCGGUGGCAUCAUUGACUGUUGACCCCACACUGCAGAUGUUCUUCGAGGAUACGUCAUGGGAGAACGACCUAUUUGAGGGGCUGAAUGGAUUUCCUGGAACAGAUGAGGUUGAUUUGUCUGAAUCUGUUCCUGGAAGAUCGGGGCCGACUGUGCCUUCUUAUCUGAACGGCUCGGCUAUUUAG